AUGACAACUACUUCACUUUCCGUCCCAUUGCCCCUGGAUAUAACCGCAGAGGAUCCAGUUCCAUCAACCAGCAGAGCCAUUCAUAAAUUCUAUGAACCAAUCAUACUCUACGAGGCUCUUAUCGACGCAGUCAAACACACCGCCAAGCCGCCUUCCCCGGAGCCAAUCAUCAAUAUCGAAGACUCGAAGCAAGUCUUCUGCGCCUUUGUCAAUAAACUCAGCCACGUCUGCGAUAAGAAGAGAGGCGGCGAUACAGUCACUUCGUUUGUUGUCCUCAAAGACCAGCGCAACCCCGCCAGAGCUCACUUCGUCUUCGCAGCCAACCGGCAGACUGUCAGCGAACUAGGAGUCACGGCUGCGUAUGUCAAGGCUCUGCUCCAGAAGAUAGACCAGGCACCCGACGGUGAAGUGAACCAGCAUAAUGCAAGGAGCUCGCUGCUUUAUCAUAUUCUGCGGUUCAAUCGCCCUCGGGUCUCUUUCUAUUUGCGCAAUCUUCGCUCUCAGGCGGCCAACUGCCUCGAAAGCUGCCAAUCAACUAAUCUGGAACAUGACGGCCUAAUUGCAGAGGAGCUGAAGAAGAUUCUGGUUUGUCCUAGUAAUGGCUCGCAUGAGAAUGAUCUGGUAGUUGACUACCUUCGACAAUCAGAGACAGUGAUCCAGCUUUUGGUCCGAAUGGAGAAAACACCAGCCGGUGCAGCAAUCAAGACUCGCGCCAUGGAAGAGCGAAUGCUCGGCGUCACGAGCAUGGAGUGCUGGCCAAAGUUCUUCCACACCAUGAGCCGCAUCUUGGCUUACCUCCAGUCCGUCAAAUUCCUGCUCCGCGCAAAGAGAGAGUGGCCAAGCCUCUUCCAAGAUCCGACCGUAGACUUUCUGUCGUCAAGCCGUCCAAUGGUGAAGCCAGCCCGGCAAAAGAGUCAGCGAGCCGACGAGAUCAUCGGACGCAUGACCCGCAAAACCAAAAACAUUGAAAUUUUUAAAAGAUUUGUAGAGGCUCUGCAGGUGUUUGACCUCGACGCUCGAAUCCAACAAGGGUUUAAGAGAGAUUCUUUUAAACCCACCGCGCAUGCAGAAGUCAUCUUGCUCAACUGGCUGUUAAAACCAGGAGAAGCUGCUCCGGAGAAGUUUUUCAACGACUGGGCGUACAUUGGCAGCAGCAAGCCGACUUGUAAGCUAUGUGUUCAUUACUUCCGCGAACAUCGAUCAAAUGUCGAGCACCGACCUUGUCACGGCAAUUUCUAUCCCAGCUGGCGCAUUCCUGACGUGUUUCCGUAUCAAGGCGAGGCAGCCAAAGAGCAGAAACAGCUAAUGGUGGAUCGAGUGCUGGAGCAAGUGAGAAAGGAUACUUUUGAUAUUGUGAGGAAGAAGGCUUCGCCAAGUAUGAAGGGAGAUGACUCCAACACAUUGACGGCCGGAAUGACGCUUGACGACAGCUGGUCUGUACGAGGGUCACAAGAUGAUUACGACGAUAUUGCAUCCAUGAUGGGAGAUGUAAGCCUGAACUCUUAG